AGCAGCAGCAGCAUGGCUGUAAAUCCGGAUGAGGACGAUGUGCCCCUCAUUCUUACUUUGGAGGAGGGCAGGAGCCAGGGCUCCGAGCUGGAGGGGCAACCCUGUGAAAAUGGAGGCAGCUAUGAAGUGGUCACCGACAUGCCCAGCCCGGCUGCGGGGGACUGCUAUCCGCGACGGAGCUGUGGAAGACACAAUUGGGAAAUGAACUAUCAAGAGGCAGCAAUCUACCUCCAGGAAGGAGAAAACAAUGAUAAAUUCUUCACGCACCCCAAGGACGCCAAAGCGCUGGCUGCUUACCUCUUUGUACACAACCAUCUCUUCUACCUGAUGGAGUUGACCACAGCCCUGUUGCUUCUACUGCUCUCCCUCUGUGAGGCACCUGCGGUACCCAUGCUCCGCCUGGGCAUCUAUAUCCACGCGACGCUGGAGCUGCUUGCCCUGACGGUCGUGGUAUUUGAGCUCUCUAUGAAAAUGAGAUGGUUGGGCUUCCAGACCUACAUUCGCCAUAAAAGGACCAUGGUCAAGACCUGUGUGCUGUUACUACAGUUUGUAGAGGCGAUAGUUGUCUUGGUGCGCCAGACGUCUCAUGUCCGGAUCACCAGGGCCUUGCGAUGUAUCUUCCUGGUCGACUGCCGCUACUGUGGAGCCAUCCGAAGAAACUUGCGACAGAUCUUCCAAUCUCUUCCUCCCUUCAUUGACAUUCUUCUCCUGCUGCUUUUCUUCAUGGUCAUCUUUGCUAUCCUUGGUUUUUAUUUGUUCUCUCCUAACAAAUCUGACCCUUAUUUCAACACCUUAGAGAACAGCCUUGUGAAUCUCUUCGUUCUUCUGACUACUGCAAACUUCCCAGAUGUGAUGAUGCCCUCUUACUCCCGGAGUUCCUGGUCCUGCGUCUUUUUUAUCGUGUACCUUUCCAUUGAGCUGUACUUCAUUAUGAAUUUGCUACUUGCUGUUGUGUUUGAUACUUUCAACGAUAUUGAAAAGAUGAAGUUCAGGUCGCUGCUGCUUCACAAGCGCACAGCUAUACAGCAUGCCUACCGCCUGCUGGUCAGCAAACAGAGACCCUCCGGAAUCCCCUUCAAGCAGUUUGAUGGCCUGAUGCGGUUUUAUAAACCUCGGAUGAAUGCCAGGGACCGCUACCUUACUUUCAAAGCACUGAAUCAAAGCAAUACGCCUUUAGUCAGUCUAAAGGAUAUGUACGGUUUCUAUGAAGUUGUUGGCUUAAAUUGGAAGGCGAAAAGAAACCGUGAACAUUGGUUUGAUGAUCUUCCACGGACAGCAUUCCUUAUUUUUAAAGGCAUUAACAUACUGGUGAAUUCCCGAGCCUUCCAGUACACCAUGUAUACUCUGGUGGCAGUGAACGGCCUCUGGAUCCUGGUGGAAACCUUCAUGCUGAGAGAUGGAAUCUUCUCCCGGGAUGUCCCUUGGAGUUACAUUGUCUUCCUUACAAUCUAUGGGGUUGAGGUACUACUGAAGAUCACUGGAUUGGGGCCUAUAGAGUACCUGUCCUCUGGUUGGAACCUCUUUGAUUUUUCGGUCACCCUGUUUGCGUUCUUGGGUCUCCUGGCCCUGGCUUUCGACAUGGAGCCGUUCUACUUCAUCGUCGUUCUGCGGCCCCUGCAGUUACUCAGGCUGUUUAAGUUGAAGAAACGUUACCGGAAUGUCUUAGAUACCAUGUUUGAGCUGUUUCCCAGGAUGGCCAGCCUAGGCUUAACGCUGCUCAUCUUCUAUUACUGUUUUGCCAUCAUUGGCAUGGAGUUCUUCUCGGGAAAACUCUACCCAAACUGUUGCAACGCCAGCACAGUGGCGGAUGCCUAUCGCUGGGUGAACCGCACGGCCGGGAACCGGACGGUGAUGGAAGAAGGCUACUACUAUCUCAACAACUUUGACAACGUUUUGAACAGUUUCGUUACCCUGUUUGAGCUGACAGUUGUCAAUGACUGGUACAUCAUCAUGGAAGGGGUGACAUCAGAGACCUCUCACUGGAGCCGCCUGUACUUCAUGAUUUUCUAUAUUGUGACGAUGGUGGUGAUGACAAUAAUUGUAGCCUUUAUAUUGGAGGCGUUUGUGUUCCGCAUGAACUACACCCGAAAGAACCGAGAUUCGGAAGAAGACAGUGGCAUUGUAUUCGAGAGGGACGUCUCCAAGGAAGAAAUUACGGCCGUAGCAGAGCUGUACGGGAGGAACUGCAGUGCUUCGGCUGCCGGCCAGCUGCUCAAGGUCGUUUCCCAGAUGGAUCGUCACCGGCAAACAUCGAUGCUGUUCCUGGGGCGGAGAUCAAGGACCAAAAGCGAUUUAAGUAUGAAGAUGUACGAGGAAGAGAUACAGGAAUGGUAUGAGGAGCACUCCAGGAAAGAAGAGAGACCGCGUCUUUGGAAGCAGGAUGAUCCACUCCUUGGCCAUCCAUCACCUCCUCCAGGCCUCCGGCAGCGCUCUCAGACCGUCAUCUAGGCCCAGCUAACACCAGCUGCUGCUUUUCCUCCUCUGCAUUACCCACCUCCUCUUAUGUAACUUUGCAGUGUAUGCGUUGAAUCUGAUGCCUAGCGUAGCCUGGCGGUAGGACGGCCGGAGCUGUUUUGCAUAAGAGAGUCUUGGUUCUCCUUUUCCAACCCCCCCCCUCCCCUGCUGUGCUAGAACCUCUCUGGCACACUAGCCCAGAGGGCCUCUAAGGCAUAACCCAAGUCCCGCCUUGCAGCGCGGGCCAUAUUUAAGAGGUUGUCAAGCAAAGUAGCCACAGCUGACACUUCCAGCGUUCGUCUAGGACAAACUAGGGGUGUGUGUGUGUUAGAUUUUUCUUUCUCCCCAUAAACGAUCUACCGGAUGAAGCGGUCGGCUGGAGUAUGGGAAAAGCCUGACACACCCACCCACCCACCCACACACCACUGUCUUAGGAGUUCAUUGGCGUCCUGCAAAGACAGUUAGCGUUUGCCUUCGCUCUUUGCCAGUCUUUACAUCACUGUAACAGGGCCGUCCGGUUUUGUAGCCGGCCUUGGGGGCCAGCUCUGCCUUGGUUCAGUAAUACGCUACGGCUGUAUAACACUCCCUCCUAUCCACCCAAACAAGAUUUGUUACCCAUUAAGCAUAGCGACUCUUUUAACUUCCUGGAAACUGUUGAAACGUAGGAAUCUCCCCCUGGGAGCAAUUUUGCGGGUAGGUGCUGUUGGUGAGGCAUCCUAGGUAUGUAUUAAAGCAAUAAUAACUCUUUGAUGGAAGAAAUGAUAAUGUUCUUACAUUGCAGACACUGCACAGGGGUCCGUGUUGGGACUGAUCUUUUUUAAAAAAAAUUCUGCAGAGAAAUCUCAGCUCAUUCUUAGCUUUGGGCCCUUUCUGACAACCUUCCACACAACCGGAGAAAGUAAGAAGUGACUGGAGUUGUGGCCAAACUUUGACGCCCUUUUUUGUUUGGAAUAUAAACCCUGCAAUAGUUGCUUCAGAGACGAGAUCCUUGUUGUUCGCUGGCUGUGAUCUUAAUUCUAAGCCACGGAAGAAAUCCAUGCCUUCCACCUACCAGCUUAGCCUGCUAUAGAAAUCUCCCCUUCCUGCUAUUAUGGCAGAGAGAAAGGUUUCACUGGGAAAUCGUUUCCUUAUAGCUCCUGGCUUUGCUGCAGGGGAAAUAGAUAUACAUGGUCAGCAGAUAUGGGAGUUUGGGAUCUGUCUAAUUUAAAUUUGAGCCAUUUCCCGAUUUUGGAGGGGAAUCGUUCUGCUUACUCCGAGCAAACCAGAGAACAAGAUUGGGUUCGGGUAUGCUGCCACCGCCAGCAAGGCAGAUUGUACUGCGUUGAUUUGUGUGCAGUACCUCCGAGGUUCACCUGAUCCAUCCCUAAAACGAGUGAGAGCUUUCGCUCAGAUGGUCAGGAGAGAUGCUACUGUCAAAAUAAAUAUUGGCAGGACAAGAUGUUUGUCUUACUAGCAGCUGGCGCUACGGAAGUGCUGAAAUAUCAGAUAGCACCCCUCCUUCCUUUAGGAAGGCGUGGGUUUGCAGAGCGAGUUGGACUGGACAAAAGCAAUACAAUGGCAUGUAAGAUGGGAGGUGUUCCAGUUAGGGCAGUGGUGUCCCCUCUGUGGUGGUGGGGACAUCCCAAUGACUUUGAGUGGCCCAUGUGGUCCCUUCCACCCACCCACCCCUCCCAGUCUUCGAUGUGUGUAACUAGUUGUUGAUAAACAACAAAUUAAUCCAGACCUCAGUAUGGUGAAAUGGAAGUUUCGGCUUCAUCCUUUCUCAGACCACUAACUAGCCAAAGGAGCAAACCCGGGGCAGCUGAUUGGAAUUUGCAAACUUGGGAGGUCCGUUCUUAAAAGUUCUUCCCCUCCAACAGCUGACUACAGUUUCAGACCUUUACUCUAUAAAGCAUAAACUUGACUUAAAGCAGAAGGCUUUUAGGAACACACAUACAUUACUGUACGGUUUGAAGUCAAUACUUGCUUCUUUGGCUGAAUCGCUGAUGGACUGCCCUGACCUUCAAUUUGCACUGUUACCUUCUUUGUGUGUGUGUUUUUUAAAAAAUAUAUAAGCUAGUGAUAAUUCCAGAAACUAUUUUCUUCCAGACAUCUUGCAGGCUGGAAGGAAAAUAAACCUCAGAGUAUGGGGCAUCCCCUUCUAAGUGACGUCUCCUUUGCUUCUUUCCACACUCUUAACUCCAAAGACAAUCACUUGUAAGGGACAAAACCGUUUGCAGGGUUUCGUACGCUGGGAGUUUGUAUGGCAAUUGUAAUGAUGUCUGAAACGGUAUUAUAUACAGUAGAUGUUUCCAGGCUCAUUUAAUAAACCUUUUUAAGCAUUAUA